AUGUCUUAUUCCGAGUUACGCUUACUCAAAGAACCAAAAGAGCCCAAUGCAAGCGUGCAAGAGCUAUUCUUACCAAAAUGUCCGCCGAUUCCAACACGCUUCAAGCCCAAAGCCGACGCCACUCUCUCCAACAUUCUUCGGUGCCGUCUCCUGAAUCUCAUUGACAACGAAAUGAUCAUGAGACCUUCCGGUAAAAUUACAACCAACUACCCAGCUCCCAUGGUAUUUUACGCCAACAUACUUUUAAAACACGCAUUUCUCAAGAAAAGCAACAGAACGUUCGAGUUCCGGGAGAGCGGCCACCCGGUUCCAGGAUUCCCAGAUAUUAAAGUGCUGGACGGUCAGCUUACAACUGUGUCACGAAAGCCUCAUCCUCCCGAUCAUGGUCUGAUUUAUUACACUGUAGUGGUUCGUGCGUGCUUCAAAGACGAAUCAGGGAAUAGAAUACAAUUUCAGGGGAGCGUUGGAAAGGAUGUUUCGAUGGAAAGCAUCUUGGUCAAUUUCACCACGACAAUCUAUGAGGUGUUAGACAACACGUAUAAUAGAGACGCUGUCAUUUCACUGUUAAAGCAAGCUACUCAGGCCGUGUUUGACGAGCACGGCGAGAAGUGGCCGAAUGCCAAUCGUCCGGUCAAAAUCCCGGUUUAUGGAGAGGUCACUGUGGUGUGUGCUUCAAGUUCUUGA